AUGUCGACCCUCACGCAUGUUCAUAGACUUCCUCUGGCUGACGACACGUUGGAUACGCCUGUCGCAAUUGAUGUCCUGGUGGGUGCAACUAUAUUCCCGCAUUUGUUGCUACCGCACAUUGUCAAAAGCGACGUGGACCAUAUGCCACCGGCUAUCCAGACGGACUCCAUGGACCACCUCCUCAAAAGGUUCUGGGAGCUUGAGGAAGUAUCCGCUCCGCCCGCUCAAAGUCAAGAUGACCUUGAAUGCGAAGAUUACUUUCGCGCUACCACCACGCGCGACGCUAGUGGUAGAUAUACUGUCGCAUUGCCUUUCCGAGAUGACGUAUUCAAGCUCGGAGAGUCGCAUUCUGCUGCUAAGAGGCGCUUUCUUUGCCUUGAAAGGAAGCUAGAAUUAUCGAGUAUGUUACGUGCCGCCUAUGACGAUAUCAUUCGGGAAUACGUCAGUAAGGGUUACAUAUCGGAGGUAACUAACUCCAUGAACGCCUCACCAGCUAUCGCGUACAUAAUUCCUCAUAUGGCUGUCGUGCGCGAGGACAAGGCAACGACCAAAGUGCGCAUGGUCCUGGACUCGAGUAGCAAGACAAGCACAGGCCUGUCGCUGAAUGAUGUAUUACACUCAGGGCCCAACCUUCAAGGGGAUUUGUUUUCAAUCCUUCUGAACUUUCGCUUAUUCAGAAUAGCGCUUUCGGCCGAUUGCCGUCAAAUGUUUUUGCAGAUUGGUGUUCGCGAAGCGGACCGCCAGUUUCAGCGAAUCUUGUAUAGAUUCCGCCCGGCAGAUCCCAUUACCACGUACGAAUUUCAUCGUGUGUGUUUUGGCAUGAAGUCGAGUCCCUAUCACGCGCUCCGCGUCGUCCGUCAGCUGAUUGCAGACGACGGACAUAAGUAUCCCAAGGCCGCAGCGAUUGCGUCCUCCUGUACUUACAUGGAUGACGUAUGUUUUAGCAUUAUGUCAGAUGACUCGCUACAGCAGGAUGAGUCUGUUGCUAUUAACGCGGCUAAGGAGCUGAUUGAUCUAUUCAAAUGCGGUCAAUUUGAUCUUGUGAAAUGGACCUGCAAUUCAGACGCCGUGCUACGCGAAAUGGAUUUAUGGGAACGAUUCUGUUCAGGGUUGCCAAAACUAAAUGAAAUCCACAUACCGCGCCAUCUUGGAGUAGUACAGGGUUGUACUAUAAACCUUUUAGGCUUCGGUGAUGCAUCCGAGCGUGCAUAUGGAGGUGUAGUAUACCUUCAGGUUCUAAAGGGAGACGAAGUGACAACUCGGCUGGUGUGUUCCAAGUCGAAGAAAGCAUUUGCAUGCCGGUCCUGA